AUGGCGACCCAAUCACCUGCAAAUGUUGAAACCAAGAAGAAGAAGAAGAAGAAAGGAAAGGUGAAAUGGAGCAAUCUCUACACUUUUUCUUGUUUACGGCCACCACCGCCGGUGAACCGUUCCGAUUUCGGCCAGCCUGGGUAUUCCAGAGUCGUUUUCUGCAAUGAUUCAGGAAUGCAUAAAAUGAAGCCUUACAAGUAUCCCACCAAUGAUGUUUCUACAACUAAGUAUAAUGUUGUGACAUUUCUUCCCAAAUCGCUUUUCGAGCAGUUUCGUAGGGUGGCGAAUCUGUAUUUCUUGUUAGUUGCAGUCUUAUCGGUUACUUCUUUAGCUCCUUUCUCUCCUCUCAGCUUGAUUGCUCCUCUGGUUUUUGUGGUUGGAAUCAGUAUGCUCAAAGAGGGUGUGGAGGAUUGGCAUCGAUUUUUGCAAGAUUUGGAGGUGAAUUCGAGGAAGGUGAAGGUUCAUAUUGGGAAUGGAAUGUUUGUUGAUAGAUCAUGGAAGGUGCUUCGAGUUGGAGAUGUUGUGAAGGUGAGUAAGAACGAGUAUUUCCCUUGUGAUCUUUUGCUAUUAUCUUCAAGCUAUGAAGAUGGUGUUUGUUAUGUUGAAACGAUGAAUUUAGAUGGAGAAACCAAUCUCAAAAUCAAACGUUGUUUGGAAUGCACUCUGGGUUUUGAUGAAGAACUGAAAUUUGACAAGUUUAAAGCGACGAUUCGAUGCGAAGAUCCCAAUUCGAGUCUGUAUACUUUCGUUGCCAAUUUGGAGUUUGGAGAUGAAGAUCAGUUGGAUUGUUCAUAUCCUUUAUCUCCUUCUCAGCUUCUCCUUCGAGAUUCAAAGCUUCAAAAUACGGAUUAUGUGUAUGGAGUUGUGAUUUUUACUGGACGAGAUACGAAAGUGGUUCGAAAUUCGAUGAAAUCGCCAUCUAAACGUAGCAGGGUAGAGAGAAAGAUGGACCAUGUGAUUUAUGUUCUGUUCUUCAUGUUGCUUUUGAUCUCUGUGAUCACCUCCAUUGGUUCUGCUCGAUAUACAGAUCAACCGCAAACAGCUAAAGAAUGGUGGUACCUUCAAUUGCUGGAUGAUACAGAUGGGUCUUUUGAUCCAGAUAAACCACUGAUUUCUGGGUUCCUUCAGUUCUUGAGGGCACUCAUCUUGUAUGGCUAUUUGAUCCCAAUUUCUCUUUAUGUCUCCAUUGAAGUAGUCAAGUUCUUACAAGCAAUGCUCAUAAACAAUGACCUCCAGCUGUUCGAUGAAAUGUCUGGGAAGUCGGUCGAAUCUCGGACAUCAAAUUUGAACGAGGAACUCGGUCAGGUUGAGAUGAUUUUGUCAGACAAAACCGGGACUUUGACUUGUAAUCAAAUGGAGUUCAGGAAAUGCUCGAUUGAAGGAAUUACUUAUGGAGGUGAUGUAAAUGAGAUAGUUCGUGCGGCUUCUCAGCGAAUGAAUAUCGAUAUUGAGAGCUACCGGUUUAAUCUAGAUGGUGCAGAUUCUACUCCUCGUGAUAGCAUCGAGAUGGUCGAGAUUUCUUCUGAUCAAAAUAAGAUCGAUUUGAAUACUGAAAAGGGUAUACAGAAUCUUGGUGUUACUGCUAUAAAAGGUUUCAAUUUCAUAGAUGAUAGAUUGAUGAACAAAAGGUGGCUUCAUGGAUCAAAUGUAUGGGAUAUGAUAAUGUUCUUCAGAGUUAUGGCUUUAUGUCAUACAGGCAUACCGGUUGAAAACUGUGAAGGAACAACCAGCCAUAAACUCAAAUAUGAAGCAGAGUCCCCUGAAGAAGUGACAUUCUUGAUAGCAGCCCAAGAGUUUGGAUUUCAAUUUUGUAGAAGAACUCAGUCUUCAAUGUUUGUGAAAGAGAUUGAUCCUUCUGGCUUGGAGGUCGAAAGGGAAUACAAGCUAUUGAAUUUAUUAGAAUUCAGUAGUUCUAGGAAGAGGAUGUCGGUGAUAGUUCGCGAUGAAGUUGGUCAGAUUUUCCUAGUCUGUAAAGGCGCUGACAACAUAAUCUUCGAUAGGCUAGGUGAUGGUGGAAGGACGUACCAACAUGCUACAACGAUCCAUCUUGCAAACUAUGCGGAAGAUGGGCUGAGGACAAUGGUGUUUGCCUAUCGAAAAAUUGAAGACUCCGAAUAUGAAAAGUGGAGCUCAACGUUCACGAAAGCUAAGGCGACAAUUGGGCAUGAAAGAGAGGAGUUGCUAGAGAACGUAUCUGAAACCAUCGAGAAAGAUUUGGUGUUGUUAGGUGCCGUAGCUGUUGAUGAUAAGUUACAAGAUGGGGUUGCAGAAUGCAUAGAUAAACUUGCACAAGCUGGACUCAGGAUAUGGCUCCUCACUGGUGACAAGGAGGAGACCGCUGUGAAUAUUGGAUUUGCUUGCAGUUUGCUUAGGCAUGAUAUGAAGCAGUUCCAUUUGAGUUUGAGCAGGGAUGCUGAAUCGAAAAACCAAUUGAAGGCUAUGAAAGAUGACAUAUUAAACCAAAUCGAGGCUUCUUAUCAAGUGACAGCAAACGAAAAAACCAAGGAUGAUCCUUUCGCUCUCGUGGUGGAUGGGAAAGCGCUUGAAAUUGCUUUGACGAAUGACAUAAGAGACCGUUUCUUGCAGUUGGCAGUCAACUGCGCAUCUGUUAUAUGUUGUCGUGUUUCUCCAAAACAGAAAGCUUUGAUUACUCGAUUAGUGAAGAAAUAUACAGGCAAGAUGACAUUGGCGAUUGGAGAUGGAGCGAAUGAUGCUGUCAUGGCAAGUGACUUCUCUAUGCCUCAAUUUCGGUUCUUGGAACGGCUACUAAUAGUGCACGGCCACUGGUGUUACAAGAGAAUCUCCAAGAUGAUUCUCUAUUUUGUAUACAAGAACAUCGUAUUCGGCCUCACCUUAUUCUACUAUGAACUCUACUCCAAAUUCUCCGGAGAUGUCUUGUAUGACGGAUGGUAUAUGGUUGUGUUCAAUCUAUUUCUAACAUCCCUGCCCGUUAUAUCAUUAGGCGUCCUCGAGCAAGAUGUUUCUUCCGAUAUUUGCCUUCAGUUUCCGGCCCUUUAUCAACAGGGACAAAAGGGUAUUUUCUUUAGUUGGAAGCGAAUCAUCGGUUGGAUGGUAAAUGGGAUACUUACAUCUCUAGCAAUAUUCAUCCUAAACGUCUACAUUCUCUCUUUCUCCGCAUUCCGGCAAGGAGGAGAAGUCGUAGAUAUCGCACAUUUAGGUGUAACUACAUACACAGCUGUCGUGUGGACCGUUAACUGUCAAAUUGCGCUAAUCAUCACUCAUUUCACUUGGAUACAACAUUUCUUCAUCUGGGGAAGCAUCUUGUGUUGGUACAUCUUCUUACUCUUCUAUGGUGCACUUCCGCCAAAAUACUCUAAUCGAGAAUUCCGACUCCUGGUGGAAGCGGUGGGGCCGGCACCCGUGUACUGGAUUGUCGUGUUGUUAGUUGUAGUCGUUUCUCUCCUUCCGUACUUCAUUUACAUGGUCAUCCAACGGUUGUUUUAUCCUAUGGAUGACCAUGUGAUCCAGGAAAUGAAAUACGGAAGGAAAAUCGUUGCAGACGAUGAGACGUGGUUGAGAGAGAAGCAAAGCUCGAGGAAGGCAACCCAUAUCGGUUUUUCGGCUAGAGUCGAUGCGAAAAUCCUUCAUUUGAAGGAUCAACUACACAAGAAACGAAUAUUCUCUAUUUUGUAUACACGAACAUUGUAUUCGGCCUCACCUUAUUCUACUAUGAGCUCUACUCCAAAUUCUCCGGAGAUGUCUUGUAUGACGGAUGGUAUGGUUAUGUUCAAUCUAUUUCUAACAUCCCUGCCCGUUAUAUCAUUAGGUGUCCUCGAGCAAGAUGUUUCUUUCGAUAUUUGCCUUCAGUUUCCGGCCCUUUAUCAACGGGGACAAAAGGGUAUUUUAUUUAGUUGGAAGCGAAUCAUCGGUUGGAUGGGAAACGGGAUACUUACAUCUCUAGCGAUAUUCAUCCUAAACGUCUACAUUCUCUCUUUCUCGGUAUUCCGACAAGGAGGAGAAGUCGUAGAUAUCGCACAUUUAGGUGUAACUACAUACACAGCCGUCGUGUGGACCGUUAACUGUCAAAUUGCGCUAAUCAUCACUCAUUUCACUUGGAUACAACAUUUCUUCAUCUGGGAAAGCAUCUUGUGUUGGUACAUCUUCUUACUCUUCUAUGGUGCACUUCCGCCAAAAUACUCUAAUAGAGAAUUCCGACUCCUCGUGGAAGCCGUGGGGCCGGCACCCGUGUACUGGAUUGUCGUGUUGUUAGUUGUAGUCAUUUCUCUGCUUUCGUACUUCAUUUACAUGGUCAUCCAACGGUCGUUUUAUCCUAUGGAUGACCAUGUGAUCCAGGAAAUGAAAUACAGAGGGAAAACCGUUGUAGACGAUGAGAUGUGGUUGAGAGAGAAGCAAAGCUCGAGGAAGGCAACCCAUAUCGGUUUCUCGGCUAGAGUCGAUGCGAAAAUCCUUCAUUUGAAGGAUCAACUACACAAGAAACGAAUGUUUGUUAUUAAGUCUUUUACAAAUAGUCCGAUUCGUAGAUCAAUAAGCAGUAGCUCAUAG